CCACACAUUCACCACUUAGACACACACCUCUUUCCUUGAGCAUUCACUAGGUGAGGCGCUCCCUAGGACCAACUCGAUCCACUCAUGAAACCGUACCACCAGCAGGACCAUUUUCUGGAAAUAGACAAGAAGAACUGCUGUGUGUUCCAGGAUGACUUCACUACCAACGUACUGCCGCCGGUGUUGGGGCUGGAGUUUGUGUUCGGCCUCCUGGGCAAUGGCCUUGCCCUUUGGAUUUUCUGUUUCCACCUCAAGUCCUGGAAAUCCAGCCGGAUUUUCCUGUUCAACUUGGCCGUGGCUGACUUGCUCUUGAUCCUCUGCCUGCCGUUCGUGAUGGACAACUAUGUGAGGAAGUGGGACUGGAGGUUUGGGGACAUCCCUUGCCGGAUAAUUCUCUUCAUGAUGGCCAUGAACCGCCAAGGCAGCAUCAUCUUCCUCACGGUGGUGGCGGUGGACAGGUAUUUCCGGGUGGUGCAUCCCCACCAUGCUCUGAACAAGAUCUCCAACAGAACAGCAGGCGUCAUCUCCUGCCUCUUGUGGGGCGUCACCAUUAGCCUGACGGUUCAUCUCCUGGGCAAAGAGAGGUCGCUCAGGCACCACAACACGAAGCUGUGCAGCGGCUUUAGCAUCUGCCACAGCGUCGGGUGGCACGACGCCAUGUUCCUCCUGGAGUUCUUCUUGCCCCUGGGCAUCAUCCUGUUCUGCUCAGCCAGAAUCAUCUGGAGCCUGCGGCAGCGACAAAUGGAUAGACAUGCCAAGAUCAAGAGGGCCACUAACUUCAUCGUGGUGGUGGCCAUCGUCUUCGUCAUCUGCUUCCUGCCCAGUGUCGCCGUGCGCAUACGCAUUUUAUCGCUCGUGCACACUAUGGGUACGAAGAACUGUGACAUCUAUCGCUCGGUUGACCUGGCGUUUUUCACCACCCUCAGCAUCACCUACAUGAACAGCAUGCUGGACCCUUUGGUGUACUACUUCUCCAGCCCAUCUUUUCCCAACUUCUUCUCAACCUUGAUCAGCCGCUGCCUCCGGAAGAAGGUGCCAGAUGAGCCAGAAAAUAACCAGAGCUCAAGUGUCUAGCUUACGGGGGAACUGAGUACUACCAGGAGUGUUCCAGACACUUUAAUGGCUGACCCCAGUGAGCCAUGGAGCCCCUCGUAUCUGACUCCAGCUUCUUGUUAAAUAAUGAAGCCAAGAAAAGAGAUUGUCACCAAGAACCAAGAUCUCUAGAGAAACAAUUUAGCUGGUACACAGAGUAACAUUACCAGACUCGGCCUGAGGUUUCCUAGAAUUUCCAGAUUCAGAGAAUCUGAUUUAGAGAAGCAGUGUGGCCUGCUGGGCUGCAGAGUGUCACCACAGAAAUCUUGGGGGAACAGAGAAUAGAGCUUCUAGGCAUCUGAAACUUCUGCUCAAUCUCGGACACUUGCAGAACUGUCCACAUUUCUGCCGAGCAGAGUUGGAGCUACAGAAGACACCCAUCAGCAUCUGUGAUUCAUUGGCCUCUUCACCUGCCUGAGACUCAGAUGGUUCUCAGCUCCGGGGGUGAUAUCUAGCCUGUUUGAGGGCUCCAGCUGGGACAAGGAGAGCGAAGUGAUUGGAGAGGAGUUAUGGCUCCCGGAGGAAACAUGGGCAUCAUUAGACAAGUUAGUAGGUCACCUGGGUUCCGUGGGACCAAUUCAUCUUUCAGCCAAGCUUUAGCAGAAACAGACUAGACAGAGAGACUCCCGAGCUUUGGUGAAUAUCUGAGUUUCCAGUGGUAGUAAGGAGGAGUCCCCGGGAGGGACUGAGCAAAACAGUGUUCCUAAGGCGAGGUGUUAGAACUUGCAACUAAUCCAUUCCUCUCUCGUUUGCACUGAUUUGAAGGUUGAGCAAUUAAAAAGUCUUCAGGGAAGAGAGCUGCUUCCCACCUGUGUUUGGUUUUAUCAUUAAAAGGGAAGUGCUGCCCAGUGGUUAGAGGGGAAGCUUCGUCCUGGUUCAUUUGCUUAUGUUUCUGUACUUAUAAGAAAUCUACCACUUCAAUAAACUUUGAUUUGAGA